AGUUGAGUUACUGGCUGUCAUAAAUUUGCUCUUUGGAUUGCUAGUAGUAGGUUUCAUAGCCGGUGGUUUUCAAACAAAACCUUGUCAAAAACCUUUGUUUUCUUUGUUCAUUAUUGAUGUUAAUGAAUUUUAAUUUUCACAGUCAUGUCUAAAACAUCGGAAGACGAUCACGAAACUAAGAGGAUAAAGUUAGCUUCAAGUUCUAAAUCUGAGGGAGUAAUUACUGAAAAAAUAAGUCCUUCAAAAGCUAACGUUAUAAGAAUUGCUGGUCAAAAUUAUAUUGAUACGGAAGGUGGUUUCCUUAUAGAAGAACAAACUAAGCCAAAAGAAAAGGAAAUAAUCUUUGAAAAUCAGAGUUUCACCGAAGAAUAUAAGUGUUUACAGUGUAGUAGAGAAUUUCUUUCUUCUUUUUUACAAAAAUCCUUCGACUACUUAGUGUGUGAUGGCUGUAAAGAUAGUAAUGAUAAACAUUCUUUGAUAACAAGGACAGAUGCAAAAGCUCAAUAUUUACUAAAAGAUUGUGAUAUAGAUAAACGAGAGCCACCUCUUAAAUUUAUCCUCCGAAAGAAUCCACAUAAUUCGAAUUGGGGACAAAUGAAACUAUAUCUUCAUUUACAAGUUGAGGAACGUGCUAUUGAAGUAUGGGGCUCAUUAGAAAAACUAGAAGAAGCUCACGAAGCCAGAGAAGAAAAAAGAAUCAAAGCCAAAACUAAACGUUACAAUAAGAACCUUAAAGCCCUUAGAAUGGAAGUUAGAAGCUCGAUAUUCAAGAAAACUAGUGGUCCUAAACAUGAGCAUGAAUUUGGCCCAGAAAAUUACAAUGAAGAGGAGGAUAUUUAUUACAGAACUUGUUUGACCUGUAAGUUUGUUGAAAAUUUUGAAAAAAUGUAAUUUUGGAAAAAUUGGUAUCCUACUGUAAUUUUAAAAUAUAAUUAUAUCAGUGUACACAAUUGUAAAUACUAUUUAACUUUGUAGCUGUCUAUAAUUUUUUUAAAAGAUUGAAAAAUAGAGUUAGACAAUCAAUGGCAAUAAUAAAUAUGUUCUAAUUUUAUUAAAUCAAAUGAAAAUUC